AUGUAUGGUAGAAUUACUCUGCCCCUCAAUGCCAGUAGUGCCCUGUUAAGAAACAGCUUGUCACUGAAUGACCUCAGUCUUUUAGUUCUACAAUGGUAUGAAUCUGUGACUUCCUGCUUGUACUGUUUUCUUUUGCAGUUAGCAUGUAAAUACUGGGCUCCCCAUAUCAAGAAAAAAUCACCUUUUGAUAUAAAGGUCAUUGAAGAUAUAUAUGAGAAAGAGAUUGUCAAAUCAAGGUUUGCCAUCAGAAAGAUAAUGCUCUUGGAAUUUAGCCAGUACCUUGAAAAUUACCUGUGGAUGAAUUAUUCUCCAGAAGUGUCCAGCAAGGCCUAUUUAAUGUCAAUCUGUUGUAUGGUGAAUGAGAAGUUCAGAGAAAAUGUUCCUGCAUGGGAGACUUUUAAAAAGAAGCCAGACCACUUCCCAUUCUUUUUUAAGUGUAUCUUGAAAGCGGCAUUGGCUGAAACGGAUGGAGAAUUUUCACUCCACGAACAGACAGUCUUAUUGCUUUUUCUUGAUCACUGCUUCAAUAGUUUGGAAGUAGACUUGAUACGGAGUCAAGUACAGCAGCUUAUCUCCCUCCCGAUGUGGAUGGGCUUGCAGACUGCACGAUUGGAAUUAGAAUUAAAAAAGACGCCUAAGCUAAGAAAAUUCUGGAACUUGAUUAAAAAGAAUGAUGAAAAGAUGGAUCCAGAAGCAAGAGAACAAGCCUAUCAAGAAAGAAGAUUUCUUUCACAACUCAUCCAGAAGUUUAUCUCUGUGCUGAAAUCAGUCCCACUUUCUGAACCUGUCACUAUGGACAAAGUUCAUUACUGUGAAAGAUUCAUUGAACUCAUGAUUGAUCUAGAGGCCCUACUCCCCACAAGGCGCUGGUUUAAUACCAUCCUGGAUGACUCCCACCUUUUGGUUCACUGUUACCUUUCCAAUCUUGUUCACAGGGAAGAGGAUGGCCAUCUUUUUUCCCAGCUUUUGGACAUGCUUAAGUUCUACACUGGUUUUGAGAUUAAUGACCAGACUGGAAAUGCUCUGACGGAGAAUGAGAUGACUACAAUUCACUAUGAUAGAAUUACUUCUCUCCAGAGAGCUGCUUUUGCACAUUUCCCUGAACUCUAUGAUUUUGCCCUCUCAAAUGUGGCAGAAGUAGAUACUCGGGAAUCCUUGGUUAAGUUUUUUGGACCUCUUAGUUCAAAUACGCUCCACCAGGUGGCAUCGUACCUCUGCUUGUUACCAACUCUUCCUAAAACUGAAGACACAACUUUUGAUAAAGAAUUUCUUCUAGAAUUGCUGGUAUCUCGUCACGAACGUCGAAUUUCUCAGAUUCAGCAAUUGAACCAGAUGCCUUUGUAUCCAACUGAGAAAAUCAUAUGGGAUGAAAAUAUUGUCCCAACUGAGUACUAUUCAGGAGAAGGUAUGAUAAAGAAGUACAGGAUCAGGAUGUAUGAAAAAUGUCUUUAUGUUUUACCAGGCCUUCGUAAGCAUGAUGUGUGCUUUCUAAUUACCGUGCGACCCACAAAACCUUAUGGUACCAAGUUUGACCGGAGGAGGCCUUUUAUUGAACAGGUUGGACUGGUUUAUGUCAGAGGCUGUGAAAUCCAGGGCAUGCUGGAUGAUAAAGGACGUGUCAUUGAAGACGGACCUGAACCUAGACCCAAUCUUAGAGGAGAGUCAAGAACAUUCAGAGUGUUUUUGGAUCCAAACCAGUAUCAACAAGAUAUGACCAAUACUAUACAAAAUGGGGCAGAAGAUGUGUAUGAAACCUUCAAUGUAAUCAUGAGGAGGAAACCAAAGGAGAAUAACUUUAAGGCUGUGCUGGAGACCAUUCGGAACCUGAUGAAUACUGACUGUGUGGUACCUGACUGGCUGCAUGACAUCAUUCUAGGCUAUGGGGAUCCAAGUAGUGCACAUUAUUCAAAAAUGCCCAAUCAGAUCGCCACCCUGGAUUUCAAUGACACGUUUCUCUCCAUUGAGCAUUUAAAAACUAGCUUUCCUGGUCAUAAUGUUAAAGUAACUGUGGAUGAGCCAGCCCUCCAGAUACCCCCUUUCAGGAUAACUUUUCCAGCAAGAAGUGGAAAAGGGAAGAAAAGGAAAGAUGCAGAUGAGGAAGAUGAAGACACUGAAGAGGCAAAGAUCUUAAUUGUUGAACCUCAUGUUAUUCCUAAUAGGGGUCCUUAUCCCUACAGCCAACCCAAACGUAAUACAAUUCAGUUCACUCAUACACAGAUAGAGGCCAUCCGUGCUGGAAUGCAGCCUGGGCUAACUAUGUGUUCGUAUGGAAGAGUUAAUUACGUUCUGGCUCGAAGAAUAGAACUUUUAGAAGAAGUCAAACGAUUACAGAAGAGUCUCGGCGUUCCAGGAGAUGCUUCAUAUACUUGUGAAACUGCAGGCUAUUUCUUCUUAUAUCAGGUAAUGUCUCGCUGGGAAGAGUAUAUCAGCAAAGUGAAAAAUAAAGCUAAUACAUUACCAGAUGUUGCAGAAAUCUCCAACUUCUUCCCUUUUCAUGAAUACUUUGCAAAUGCGCCUCAACCCAUUUUUAAAGGCCGAUCUUAUGAAGAAGACAUGGAAAUUGCUGAAGGAUGUUUCAGACAUAUUAAGAAAAUCUUUACUCAGCUUGAGGAAUUCAGGGCCUCUGAAUUGCUUCGCAGUGGACUGGACAGAUCUAAAUACCUCUUGGUGAAAGAAGCCAAAAUCAUUGCCAUGACCUGCACUCAUGCUGCCUUAAAACGACAUGAUUUAGUCAAGUUAGGUUUCAAGUAUGACAACAUUUUAAUGGAGGAGGCUGCUCAGAUUCUCGAGAUAGAAACUUUCAUCCCUCUUCUCCUACAGAAUCCUCAGGAUGGUUUUAGCCGACUGAAACGAUGGAUUAUGAUUGGUGAUCAUCACCAGUUACCUCCAGUCAUUAAGAACAUGGCCUUUCAGAAGUAUUCCAACAUGGAGCAAUCCCUGUUCACCCGCUUUGUCCGGGUUGGAGUUCCUACUGUGGACCUGGAUGCCCAGGGGAGAGCCAGAGCGAGCCUGUGUAACCUCUACAACUGGCGAUACAAGAACCUGGGAAACUUACCCCACGUGCAGCUCUUGCCGGAGUUCAGUACAGCAAAUGCUGGCUUGCUCUAUGACUUUCAGCUCAUCAACGUUGAAGAUUUUCAGGGAGUGGGAGAGUCUGAACCUAACCCUUACUUUUACCAGAACCUUGGAGAGGCAGAAUACGUAGUGGCACUUUUUAUGUACAUGUGUUUACUUGGUUACCCUGCUGACAAGAUCAGUAUUCUAACAACAUAUAAUGGGCAAAAGCAUCUUAUUCGUGACAUUAUCAACAGACGAUGUGGGAACAAUCCAUUGAUUGGAAGACCUAAUAAGGUGACAACUGUUGAUAGGUUUCAAGGUCAACAGAAUGAUUAUAUUCUUCUUUCUCUAGUACGAACCAGGGCAGUGGGCCAUCUGAGGUACGUUAAGGAAAAACUUUCAUAA